GUUGCCGGGGUGCCGCCCCGGAAGUAGAGCGCGGAGGGUGGGUUCGCUUGAUAGCGGGCCGCGUCCUCCCGCAGGAGCCGGAGUGGAGCUGGAGGCGGGGCCGGGGUGCGGCGCGGGGCCGCCGUGCUCCGCGCUCCUGGGCGCCCCUCCGGGCUGGACGCCCACAGAAGGACGUCGCAGGAAGACAAUCUGCCAUCAGGUAAGAAACCGAGGCAAGAGUGGGUGAAACUGAAGAGCGAUUGGACGUUGCCGUUGGCCCCAGACGUACCUAUGAUUCUUUUCCCAUGAAGGUUAUUACAAAAUAUUGUGUAGAGUGCCCUGUGCUAUAUGGACGAUGGCGGGGAAAGUGAAAUGGGUCACUGACAUCGAGAAGUCGGUGCUGAUCAACAACUUUGAGAAGCGAGGAUGGGUGCAGGUGACGGAAAGCGAGGACUGGAAUUUCUACUGGAUGAGCGUGCAAACCAUCCGCAAUGUUUUCAGUGUGGAAACUGGCUAUCGGCUCUCAGACGACCAAAUCGUCAACCACUUCCCAAACCACUAUGAGCUGACGCGGAAGGAUCUGAUGGUGAAGAACAUCAAGAGAUACCGGAAGGAGCUGGAGAAGGAAGGGAGCCCCCUGGCGGAGAAGGACGAAAGUGGGAAAUACCUCUACCUGGACUUUGUCCCUGUCACCUACAUGCUGCCCGCCGACUACAACCUGUUUGUGGAGGAGUUCCGGAAAAGCCCCUCCAGCACCUGGAUCAUGAAACCUUGUGGCAGAGCCCAGGGCAAGGGUAUCUUUCUGAUCAACAAGCUCUCGCAGAUCAAAAAGUGGUCCCGGGACAGCAAAACCUCUUCGUUCGUGUCUCAGUCGCCCAGGGAGGCCUACGUGAUCUCUCUGUACAUCAGCAACCCGCUCCUCAUCGGCGGCAGGAAGUUCGACCUGCGCUUGUACGUCCUGGUGUCCACGUACCGCCCCCUGCGCUGCUACAUGUACAAACUCGGGUUUUGCCGCUUUUGCACCGUGAAGUACACCCCCAGCACCAGUGAGCUGGAUAACAUGUUCGUUCAUCUCACCAACGUUGCCAUUCAGAAACACGGGGAGGACUACAACCACAUCCACGGGGGCAAGUGGACGGUCAGCAACCUGCGGCUCUACCUCGAGAGCACCCGCGGCAAGGAGGUGACCAGCAAGCUGUUCGACGAGAUCCACUGGAUCAUCGUGCAGUCCCUGAAGGCCGUGGCCCCGGUGAUGAACAACGACAAACACUGCUUCGAGUGCUACGGCUACGACAUCAUCAUCGACGACAGGCUGAAGCCCUGGCUGAUCGAGGUCAACGCGUCUCCAUCGCUCACCUCCAGCACCGCCAACGAUCGAAUCCUCAAGUAUAACCUGAUCAACGACACCCUCAACAUCGCGGUCCCCAAUGGCGAGAUCCCCGACUGUAAAUGGAACAAGUCCCCCCCCAGGGAGGUCCUCGGCAAUUACGAAAUCCUGUACGACGAGGAGCUGGCACAAGGGGACGGGGCUGACCGGGAGCUGAGAAGUCGGCCGGGCCCGUCCCUGGGGCCCAGAGGGGGCCGAUCGAGAGACUCGGGGAGAGCCACCCUCACAACCUGGAAGUGACCGCAGUGAGACCCCAGCCUGGACCCACCCAGGCAGAACUUGUCACUGCACCCCCCCGUCCAAGACCUAUUUUGGAAUUCCCUUUUUCUAGAGCUUUUUUCCUUUCCUAAACCCUGUAAAUAAAUAAAGGCACUUCUUCUGAAGGUCAAGGA